AUGGCCGAACCCACCGACACGUCGCGAGACACCACCGCCCCCGUCCGCGAAGACCCCUCGCGCGCGAAUCCGCCUAAGUCCCCGCCGACGCAUUCGCCGCACCCGCUCCAGGCCGCCGCCGUCAUCACGUCCCUUGAAUCCCGCCUCGCAGAAUCGGAAGCCCUGCGCCGCGACUCGGAGACACGCAUCCGCAAAUUGGAGCAGAUGGUGGAACAAUUGAUGAGAGAAUCCACCGCACCUGCUGGGGCGCAGGUCGGGGAGGCUCUGCCGGUGAGACCGGUCCCCCUGGACGUCCCCCCGCACACAUUUUUGGGACGCCCGGGAGCUGCCGCUGACCCCCUUGCUCGUACCCCUGGGGGGGAAUCUCACAGCGGAAUUAGGGACGGCCCUUCCUCGGCGGUGAUUAGCUCUCGUUGGAGAGGGACAUUGCCGGACCGGGAAGGGUUAUGGACCGGAGAUCAUCCGGAAAGGUUGGUGAUUUUCACUGCGUUUGGGGAGUCGUAUCUUUCUCUCUUGUGCGACAUCUCCACCUCCGACCUUUUCGACACGAGCCGAGUGAUCCAGCUUGUGGCGACGCUAUUUUUUCGUACGACAACCCGACAGCGCCGCCAAUCCCCGCUCGAUUGGGCCGUCGAGGCGAUGAGGGACGCGCUUGGAGAAGGGCGCCCUCAUUGUUGGACGUCGCUCAUGAAGGCAGUGGGACGUCGUUGGCCCGACCCCGGGUUCGCCGAUAGAGUGGCUCAAGACUUCCACGGAUGUCGCCAGUCGUCGUCUCGGGCUUACGACCAUGUCGGGGAGUGGCGGGCGCGGUACCGUGCCUUCGUGCACGACAACGAUAGUUUCACCCUGUCGCCGCUUCAGCUCGCCACGACCUUCUACCAAUCGCUCAGUGACUCCUCCAAGCGGGAAGUGCGGGCGGGAAUGUUACGUGAAUACCACGACAACUCGCUGGUGACAAUUGGGCGAUUCGGACUGAAGGUCCCGUCCAUCGACGAGAUUACCGAGUGGGCCGCUAUCGCCGACGACAUUUCUCCUCCGCCUUCGGUUCCGACCCCACCAAGCCGCACCGCGACCUAUGGCGCGAUCGUCAAAGCUCCCCGAGUGAGCCCACCUGCGACCAACACGCCCACCGUCGACGAGAGGUUCCCGAUCCGACGAGCUCGAUGGGUCGACCGCGCUACUAAGUGGCAGCAAUCGCACUUGUGGAAGGACCGCUCCACCUGGUUUUCCCCGGCGCCCAGCGGGGUACCCACCAGCAUGGCUUGCUUCAACUGCGGACGAGGCGGUCAUUUCUCGCAGCACUGCACCGCGGAGCGUCAAUCCCCGGUCGCCGUCCAACUCUCAGCGGUCGCUGUGGCCGACUUGGAUGACGAAGAUUGGUCCUCGGUCGCAGGUGGUGACGAGGAUCCCGAGGUGAGAGUCCCCAUUUCACUCGAGCGUGUUCAGACUCGACCUUUGAGUUCCGUUUCCGCUUCAAUGACGCGCCCUUCUUGCCCUCCCGCAGACCCCGUUGGCCGAAUGAAAGAAGGGGCUUCUUCUUCAGUCGACGUCGAAGUCUCAUCAAGUAAUCCGCAGCCAACCGCGCCGGCAAGUGAUGCAGAUCUACGUCGUCUUGCCGAUGACUCGACCGACUCUGCGUUUGACGCGGUGGAAGACGUCCCCUCUUAUGCUGAUGCCGCGUCGCGAAUGCGGCGAUACUGGGGGCCGGAGGUGGUGUCGUCGCGCAAAGCGGAGAGGACUGCAUCGGUGAGCUCUGUUCGUGUUCCGGUGCCGUUGGGGGUUUCUCUCUUGGAGUCCGACACGCCCCUGAUCGACGUCGACGACUUCGCCCGACCCGCCGAGCCCGCGAUUGUGCGCGCCCGCAAUAUUAUUGCGUGGACGUUGCCGUCUGGGCGAACGCUGCGUUGCCUCGUCGACUCUGGUUCGGAAGUGGACUUGGUGGAUCAGGAUGUCGUGCGAACAGACCCGAGUUUCACGACGUCCCGCCUUACCGCGCCGCUGCACUUGCGCCUCGGCACUCGCGACAAAUCUGACCGCUGCGCCGUGUUUGCCAACGCCCUCUUCACGUCCGGUUCCCUCGACCUCGGCUUGCGGGCGUUUUUCAUUUGCCGUGUGACGGCAUAUGAUGCUAUCCUGGGUUUGCCGUUUCUGAAGGACACCGGCAUGCUGGUAGGCUGGGGCGUCUUCACCGUCGCACGGCCGGGCCCUUCGCAGCCGGUCGCCAAGGGCACUCACGAGUGGGAUCGCGCAGUCACGGUGGCGCCCAUCUGCUCCGGCUCUGCCAUUGGCUACGAUCACCCAGGGUUGCUUCCUGACGACGAGAUCAUUGGCCUCGAGCCGCACAACCCUCUACUGGAUGUCGUCGACGACCCGGCGCUCGAGGAUUUGUCUGAGUCCGAAGCACGAACACGAUUGGCUGCCUUACUCGAGAAAUACUCUGAUGUGUUCGUAGAUUCGCUCCCAAUGGACCGACUCCCGCCUUAUCGACCCGUCAAUCACGAAAUCCCUUUGAUCGACCCCAACGAGAAGGUCAAGCCGAGGGUCUAUCCCCUUGCCGACAAAUAUCGUAGCCAGUGGGCGGAGCAUUCAGCUAAGUACACUCGCGGUCGCUUCUGGGUUUCUGGUCCGAUCGACUCUGCGGCUCCGGUCUUCGCCAUUCCGAAAAAGAACUCCCAGACCGCUCGCUUUGUGAUCGACCUCCGCGCUCGCAACAGCAACACCGCCAAGCGUUUUUCACCUAUCCCCGACAUGACCAGUGUUCGCUACGAAGUGGCACGUUCGCGCUACCGGUCCAAAUUCGACGUGGCCGCAGCGUUUGAGCAGGUGCGGGUCAUACCCGAGCACGUCGAUCGCACCGGCUUCGCCACGGUCACGGGCACGUACACGUCGCGGGUGAUGCAGUUUGGGGACACCAAUGCGCCCAACACCCUGAACUUGUUGACAUCGGCGAUGUUUCAGCCGUGCCUCUCGUUUGCCAAGAUCUUUUUCGACGAUGUUCACGUCCAUUCCGAUACUCGUCGCGCGCACUUAAGACACAUCGAGAUUUUGCUGAUGACACUGCGACAUUAUCGGUUCUACUUAGGAUCCAACAAAUCCGAGUGGUUCUCAAAGUCGUUAGAUUCCUUGGGCGCGAUCAUCUCCGACGACGGCAUCGAGGUCGACCCGGCCAAGUGGGAGCGUAUCCGACAGUGGCCGACUCCACACAACAAGACCGACGUUCAGCGUUUCCUCGGCACCGUGAAUUGGAUGCGAGAUCACCUGCCCCACCUCUCGAUCACCUUGGAGCCCAUCACCGCAUUAUUAGCGCAAUCGACGUCGUGGCGUUGGAACGAGCGCGAGCAGCAGGCCUUCGACACCGUCAAGUCCCUCGUGCCAGCAACACUGCGACCGAUCGACGGCGCUAAGGUCACCUCCGGCGAGCACAAAAUCUACUUGUUCACCGAUGCCAGUCGUGUUGGCAUUGGCGCUUGCCUGGCCUCGGGCCCCACUCGUUCGCAGGCCAUUCCUACGCGAUUCUUCUCCGCUAAGUUCAAUGGCGCUCAGCUCAAUUAUCACGUCACUGAUAAGGAGUUCUUAGCCGUCGUUUCGGCGUGUCGGGCGUUCGAGCAGCACUUGAUCGGUUACCCCUUCGUCAUCGUCACCGACCACCAAGCCCUUCGCACGAUUAAAACGCAGAAGUUACGCCAAACACCCCGGCACAUCCGCAUGUGUCUCGAACUCAGCCGUUUCGACUUCGAAUUCGAAUUCAUUGCGGGCAAGAACAACUCCCUUGCCGAUUCGUUGUCACGCUUGUGGGAAGUCAAGGAGGGAUCGCCCUGUGAAGAGUCCACUCUCAGCUCGACAGGGGCGCCUCGGUCGUUGCGCGCACUUGCUAGCCCGCCCCCGGCGGUGGGGACUUAGACGCGCGCGACUGCCUCAGCGCGCCAGCGCCGGCGGAUUCAUGCGCGCGCCCGCUAGCCCGCCCCCUUGCGGUGGGGACUUAGGCGCGCCGGCGAUUUCACCCGCGGCUGACUUAGGGAUGUACAUUGUCACGCGCCUGGGACUAUCCCAGCGUGGCCCCCCCUUUCUGUUUCUUAGCUUCCUUCUCAUCACUUCUGUUCGACUCUCAACCUCUCCUGACAGUAGUGGUGAACGUCUCAUAGGUACGCUGAAAUAGAUCACUUCUGUUCGACUCUCAACCUCUCCUGACAGUAGUGGUGAACGUCUCAUAGGUUAUAAGCCCACGAGCCACCAGCUGGCAUGACCACGACACCACCCCUCGCGACGGGUGCCAACCCUCCGAUUCCCGCCGAACAGCUCGCCGCACUUACAUCGCUGCUGUCGGGUCUCACCGCUGCCGCUUCCGGCACUGCCACACCCGCCACGACGUCCGGCACCACUCGCACUGCCUUUCCAAAGCACGCACGCUUGGAUGGUGCGAAGACCUUCGCGAACUGGACACGCCAACUUCGCCUGUGCCUAGCGGACGACAUCCGCUCGUACGUCCUCGACGGUAUCGCACCCGACGACUGGACACCUUCGCAACGCUCCGCUCGCGACGCCGUCGCUCGUGAGGUCCUUGCGAAUUCGAUUGACUCGGCCGAAGUCUCGGCAGUCCUCGACAAAAUCCCUACCGCCGACCUGACAGCGCCGACAAUCUACUCGACGCUGAAAUCGCGGUACGCCCCUGACGACGCCACCCGCACGCUCGAGCUCUUCUCACGACUCUGGGGUUUCCGUCCCAUGCCCGGCACGGUUGCCGAAUUCGACGGGUGGAUCAUGGACUUCAAAGCCGUUGCGCAAGAGAUCAUCGACACAAAGACAACUAUCAAUGAUGUUCUCGCCACACUCCUCCUUGCAAUCGCCCACCCGUCCCUCGAGAGCUUCAAGGCGUCGUUCACCGAUGAACAGCGCACGCAACGAACUCUCCCCGACAUUGAUUCGCUUGCCGACCGUAUGCGAGUCCAACUUCGGUCAACGAACAUCCCCAGCACUCAAUCGGCCCUUCUUGCCUCGUCGUCGUCACGUUCUACUCGUCUCAAGUGUCUCGCCUGUCGCAGCCCUUCGCACCGAGUCGCGGAGUGCCCUACGAGGGCGCAACACCCGCCGCCAGGACCCUGUCGCUCCUGCAAGAAGAAGGAUCACUGGUCUCUCGACUGCAAGAAGGCGCUCGAGGACGGCAAAAAGCCCGACACCGCUGACUCGACCGUCGACUCGCAACACCAUGUCGGAUGUCUCGCCACCGGUCUUCUCGCUCGUCGUCGCCAGCUUCGCAACCACUCUUUUGUCGUCGACUCGGGCGCCACUUCGCACAUGGUCUCGGACAAGUCGCUGUUCACGACCUAUCGCCAUAUCGCUCCUACGAAGAUUGGUGGUAUUGCAGGGGGCAUCAACGCCAUCGGAACGGGAAACAUCGCCUUCAUUGCCGCCUCGGGUCAUCCGAUCACGCUUACCGGCGUGCUGCACACUCCGGGCCUGUUUGUCAAUCUUCUCUCGGUCUCUCGACUUUGCGACACCGACGAUGUCCGUGUCGCCUUCACAAAACACGGCAUCCACAUUGACAAGGACGGCAACGACAUCGCUGAAGGCGCACGACUCGACGAAGGGCUCUACUUGCUGGACGCUGAUCAUUCCAAAUGUCAGCACCUUGCUCUCCUUUCUCGCUCACAGUCGUCCGUGCCCCUGCUGACUCUCCAUCGCUGCCUCGGCCAUCUCGCACCGUCCUCCAUACAGAAGAUGGUUGCCGCUGGUUUGCUGGAGGGUCUCAGGGCCGGAUAUAGUGACGAAGAGGUAGAGAAGUUUGUCUGCAAUGCUUGCCUCAGCGCAAAGGGCCAUCGUCUUCCCUUUCCCGAUUCGGAUUCGCACUCCUCAGAGAGACUCGGCCUUGUACACAGCGAUGUGCUUUCCUUCCCCGAGCGGUCCUUGACUGGCAAACGUUACCUGGUCACAUUCCUUGACGAUUACUCGCGCAAACUCUGGGCCUACGCAAUCGGACACAAAAGCGAAGUCUUCGGCAUAUUCAAAACUUGGCUAGCCGAGGUUGAACUCGAGACGGGUGCGACGCUGAAGGUCCUCCGAACCGACAACGGUGGCGAAUACUGUUCGAGAGCGUUCACAGAGUUCUGCAAGACACGAGGCACCCGUCGACAAUACUCUAUCCCACGCACGCCUCAACAGAACGGUCGUGCAGAGCGGGUCAAUCGUUCCAUUGUCGAAGGCGUCCUUGCCCUCCUUGUCGACGCCCACCUACCCAAGACAUUCUGGGAGGAGGCUGCAGCUUAUUUCGUUUACUGCAAGAACCUGUGUCAACACGCGGCCCUGGACAAGGCAACACCAAACUCCGUCUGGCAGGGUGACCACACCACUGCCUCGGCGCUUCACCCGUUCGGCUGUACAGCUUGGCUUACGGUCGCGCCCGAACUUCGCUCCAAACUCGACCCGAAGGCGGUUCGCGUUUUUUUCACCGGCUACGACCUGGCUUCAAAAGCCUUUCGCUUCUACGACACUACAACACAGAAGAUUAUACUUGGCAGAAAUGCCACGUUCCUCGACACUGAAUUCCCCGGAUUACAUGGCGACCCCACUGAGCAAGACGGCGACACGCACUUCGCCAGCGCUCCCACCACCGAAUCUCAAACCGUUGUCAAGACAUGGACCCCACUAGUAAGGUCGGCGCACAUGGACGUCUCAUCCCCCCUUGAUGAUUCUGCCAUGAGCGCCGUUGACGUGGCCCCAGGGUACACUGGCGGAACCUUACUUAACUUCACAGAUGCCGAAUCGUCCUCGUCACCGUCGCCUGCGUCGCCCUCAUCACCGUCGUCUGCGCCAUCGCCUGCACUUUCACCAUCGUCGGCUGCGUCAUCGUCACCCUCGGCCUUACCGACCGACUCUGAAGACUCCGCCGAUCCCCUCGACCUCCUCGGCUCACAGCCCCAGGUUCGCCUCGAUCUACAGGACGUGCACCACCCAGACUUCAGCACGUACCGCGAGCCCGCAUCGGCUGAGGAGUCGCCCGACGAACUCGACCUCAUUGGGCGCCACUCUCGCGACGAAUCUCCGGACGAAAUCGAUUUCCUCACCCGACACCACCGCGCCUUCAUCGCCAUCGACGACGACACCUCUGACACAGAGGCAAUUCAGCCAGUCAAGUCCAUCACGAGCGACCCACAGACCUGGCGCGAGGCGAUGUCUAGCGACAAGCGUGAAGUAUGGGCCAAAGCCGCCACCGACGAGUUCACCUCCAUGCGCGACGACUUCAAGGUCUUCACCAUCGAGGACCGAGCCACGGUGCCCGCGGGUGCGACUAUCGUUACAUCCAAGUUCGUCUGGAAAACGAAACGGAACGCACUCGGCGAAGUCACUGGACACAAGGCAAGGCUGGUCGCGCAAGGCAAUCGGCAACGCGACGGCAUCGACUUCAACGAAACGUUCGCACCGGUCGCACGCUUCUCCUCGAUACGCUCACUCCUCGCGCUGGCGGCCGCCAACGGCUUGCACGUGCACCAGGCGGACAUCGACAAAGCAUAUCUGCAUGGCGACCUUGACCACGACAUCUGGAUGACGGCACCGCGCGGCUUCGACCUUCCCAGCGACAAGGUGCUUCGCCUGCGACGCUCCAUCUACGGGCUCAAACAGGCUGGCCGAAUCUGGAAUCGACACAUCGACGCUUCGCUUCGGGCCCUCGGUUACACGGCGACGGGCACCGACCACUGCGUAUACUCUUGGCUCGAUGAUCGUCAAUGUCCACACUACAUCGCACUGUACGUCGACGACCUCCUGAUGAUCAGCCCGGAACUGGCCGAAAUCGAACGUGUCAUCUCAGGCCUGGACCAACGCUACGGAGUCAAGCGCCUCGGCCCGGCCGAGUAUAUCCUCGGCAUCCAGAUCAGGCGGUUCGACGACGGCUCUAUCGCCCUAUCCCAGGAACGGUACAUCAUGGACGUGCUCGCUCGGUUCCACUUCGACACCACGACUCGCGGCACUACAGUUCCGAUGACUCCCGGCCUUUCGCUCACUGCUAUCCCGGGUCAAGGCACCGAACGGAUCAGGUCAUGGUAUCUGCAGGCUAUCGGCUCGCUCCUCUACAUUUCGCUCGGUACCCGCCCUGACAUCGCCUUCGCCGUGUCCUACCUGGCCCGCUUCGCCAACAACCCCGGUCGUCGUCAUUGGAUUGCGGUCAAGCACAUCCUACGCUAUCUCCGGGCCACGUAUCGCAACGAACUCGUGUAUGCUCGCGGCCAGGCUCGCAUCACGGGUGUGGUAGGCUACUCCGACGCGAACUGGGGGGCCUGCAUCGACACAUCGGUGUCCACCAUGGGCUACGUCUUCUACAUCGCUGGCUCGGCCGUGUCCUGGUCGUCCAAACGCCAGUCUCGAGUUGCCGAUUCGACCACCGACGCUGAAUACCUCGCCCUCUCGCAUGCUGGCAAGGAAGGGAUUUACCUCAGUCAGCUGCUCGAAGAGCUCCAUGUACAACCUGUUGCACCGGCUCACAUCUUUACUGACAACGAAGCCGCUGCUGCAGUUGCUCACGAUCCUGUCCGCGUCUCUGGCACUCGGCACAUACGCUUGCGUGAGCACUUCGUUCGGGACAUGGUGAAUCGGGGCGACAUCUCUCUCUCGCAUGUGGGUACCAGCGACAUGGUGGCCGACAUCUUCACCAAGGCUCUCGGCCCAAAGGUCUUCUCAACGCACUGCUACGCCCUCGGCCUUCGCACUCGACACCCGCGGCUUGGGUCUGCCUCGCAUUCGCGUGGGGGGGGGUGUGAAGAGUCCACUCUCAGCUCGACAGGGGCGCCUCGGUCGUUGCGCGCACUUGCUAGCCCGCCCCCGGCGGUGGGGACUUAGACGCGCGCGACUGCCUCAGCGCGCCAGCGCCGGCGGAUUCAUGCGCGCGCCCGCUAGCCCGCCCCCUUGCGGUGGGGACUUAGGCGCGCCGGCGAUUUCACCCGCGGCUGACUUAGGGAUGUACAUUGUCACGCGCCUGGGACUAUCCCAGCGUGGCCCCCCCCUUUCUGUUUCUUAGCUUCCUUCUCAUCACUUCUGUUCGACUCUCAACCUCUCCUGACAGUAGUGGUGAACGUCUCAUAGGUACGCUGAAAUAGAUCACUUCUGUUCGACUCUCAACCUCUCCUGACAGUAGUGGUGAACGUCUCAUACGCCCGAGGAUCAGGUCAAGGAGAAUGAGUUGGAGGAUAUGUUCUUUGAUGGAGAACGCCACGGAUUCACUACACACGGUGAGAGCCUCCCUGAGGAACGUCCUUACACCUCACCAUCUCCCGAUCGGUUGCCUCCUGUUGAUUUUGCCUUCGGGCCCCAACGCGACGAUUGCGAGGCAGGCUCUCCCGGAUACUACGCGCUCAAGGACGAAUCGCAAGACGAGGACGUGAAUGGACGGGAUUUAGGGAAUUUGUUCUUGAAGGAAGAAUGCCACGAGUUCACUACACCUGGUGAGAGCCUCCCUGAGGAACGUCCUUACACCUCACCUUCGCACGAUCGGUUGCCCCCUGUUGAUUGUGCCUUCGGGCCCUGGGAUCACGGCUACGACGCAGGCUCUCCCGGUUCCCAUCGUCUGGCCGAGAACAUUAUGGACGCCGUCGACUCUUCUACCGGUCCCCUUUCUCCUCCCAUCGCCGUCAAUCGAGUUCAUGCUAUCGCCGCGGCCCCCGCCAACGACGCGCCCAUUCCAGUCGAUGCCGACGCCGAUGAACUCGACUUACUGGGAGCCGCCGCCGAUGAGGUCAACGACGCCCCUGUAGUCCAUCGACCGCCCGACCCGCUGCCGCAACCUUUCCUCGACGCCGUCAUCCGAGCCUACGCCCACGAUUCGCAAGCCCAAGUCAUUGUUGACGACCCGCUGUCAUGGCCGAUGUUUCGGGUGACCGAGGAAGGGAGGAUCUUGCGUGUACAUCCAGAUGAGUCUCUUUCCCUGUUUGUGCCUCGCGGUCUCGCUACCGGCGUUGUCGACUCCGACAAGCUCCCAUCGCUGCGCGAGCUCGUGCUUUCGGAGAUCCAUCGGAGCGUCGGGCACGCGGGACAUCGCAUCACCUUGGCCGCCAUACGUCCUUUGUAUUGGUGGUCGUCCAUGUCUGCCGAUUGCGCCAAGUUCUGCCAUUCAUGCGAAGAUUGUGCCCGAGGCAAAGCGUCCACUCAAGUCCCUUAUGGCCGACUGCAUCCGAUGCCGAUCCCUUCUGGCCCAUGGGAACAAGUGGCCAUCGACUUCAUGACGGGACUGCCUCCGGUCGAGUUCGAAGGGAUGAUGGUCGCUCAAAUCAUGGUGGUCACUGACACUUGGGGCAAGAUGGUCCACCUGAUUCCCCUCCCAGCCGACGCCGACUCCGAGCUCGUUGCCGACAGGUACUACGCCACCAUCUUUCGACUGCAUGGGACGCCUUCCGCCAUCGUUUCCGAUCGCGAUCCCAAGUUCACCUCGCAGUUUUGGCGAGCAUUGCAGGCGAAGGUCGGCACCGUCUUGCGGAUGUCAACAGCGGCGCACCCAGAGACCGACGGAUCGAGUGAGAACCGAAUCAAGAUGGUCACCCAAACCCUGCGCAUCAUGGUGUCGUCAAACCACGAGGCUUGGGCAUCUCGUCUUGUUGAAGCUGAGUUCGCUCUUAACUCUUCCGUUGCUGUUUCCACGUCUCUGUCGGCUUUCGAGGCGACUUACGGUUACCUUCCUCGACGCUGGCCCACCGAUUCCUGGUCUGUCUCGGACGUCCCGCGUGCGGAAGCGUUUGCCCGAAUCCGACAGUUACGGAAUCUCGACGUCACGGAUGCGAUCAUUGGUGCACGCCUCGAUCAGACUCACCAGGCCAACAAGCAUCGACGCCCGGAUGAUCCCGCCUUUCGGACCGGCAGUUAUGUCUAUCUUUCGACCAAGAACCUGGCAGUUCCUGAAGGGAUGAAGUCGAAGUUGUUGCCGCGCUACAUUGGUCCUUUCCGUAUCCGAGCGGCCAUUCCAGCGACGUCCAGUUACGACCUCGAGCUUCCCCCAGCAAUGUCGCGAGUGCACAGUCGCUUCCAUGCUCGACUGCUUCGCCCCUAUGUUGAGAACGAUGCUGAGAGGUUCCCUGGGCGUGACCCCGCAGUUCUUUUUGUUGAAGAUGUAGCCGACGCGGCCGACAACUCCGCCAUUCCGGAACGGAUUGUUCGCGAUCGUCGGAACGCUCGGGGCAAUCGUUCGUUCUUGGUUCGAUGGAUUGGCCGUAAGGACAUCGAUGACACUUGGAUGUCAGAGCAGUCCCUCCGCUUCGACCAUCCAUCCCUACUCGACGCCUACCUGGCACAACUCGAUCGCUCAAAUCGCCGCCUGUCCUCCCGGUAG